AUGGCGCGCAAAAGAGUCAAGAAGAGAACGCAUGUCGGUGCCAGCAAUCCCGCUGCCGUCGCUGACAACCAUGGCUCCAAGGACCCCAAGAGCAUGGUCAUCCGUAUCGGCGCGGGCGAGGUCGGUUCCAGCGUCAGUCAGCUCGCCGCCGAUUUCCGAAAGGUCAUGGAGCCAGGGACAGCUGCCCGUCUUAGAGAACGUAGAGCAAACAGGUUGAAGGACUACGUCGUCAUGACCGGCCCCCUCGGCGUCACCCACCUUAUGCUCUUCUCCCGCUCCGAAAGCGGCAACACCAACCUGCGCGUUGCCCUCACGCCCCGUGGCCCGACAUUGAACUUCAGAGUCGAGAAGUACUCCCUCUGCAAGGACGUUCAAAAGGCCCAGAGACGCCCGAAGGGUAGCGGCAAGGAGCAGCUUGCACCCCCCUUGCUCGUUAUGAACAACUUCCAUACCCCCGAUGCCGACGCCAACUCCAAGGUGCCCAAACAUCUGGAAUCCUUGGUGACUUCGGUAUGGUCCAGCGUCUUUCCUCCUUUGAACCCGAAUGCGACCCCCCUCGGCAAGAUCAAGCGAACGUUACUGCUCAACCGCGAGAAGGAUCCGGAGAACGAAGGAUCUUUCAUCAUCAACCUCAGACACUACGCCAUCACGACACGUUCUACGGGCAUCUCGAGGCCGUUGCGGAGACUGGAAAAGGCUGAGAAGCUGUUGGCCUCCAAGACAAACGGAAAGGGCGGCGUGCCGAAUCUUGGAAAGCUCGAGGACAUUGCCGAUUUCCUCCAAGGCGGAGAAAACGGAGAUGGAUACCUGACAGAUGCCACGAGCGGCAGCGAGAUUGACAGCGAUGCCGAGGUUGAGGUCAAGGAGCAGAAGGCCCAGAAGAUCAAGAAGAACGCCGCCCCCGUCGACGACGAAGCCGCGGACGAAGACGACGCUGUCGAGAAGCGCGCCGUCAAGUUGGUCGAAUUGGGACCACGCAUGCGUCUGCGCUUGACCAAGGUCGAAGAAGGCCUAUGUGCCGGCAAGGUCAUGUGGCACGAGUAUGUUCACAAGACCAAGGAGGAGGUCAAGGAGCUGGAAAAGCGCUGGGAGAAGAGACAAAAGGAGAAGGAGGCCCGCAAGAAGCAGCAGAAGGACAACAUCGAAAAGAAGCGGAAAGCGAAUGCUGGCAAGGGCGAGGCAGCGGAUGACGACAGCGACGUGGACAUGGACUACGAUGACGAGUUCGAUAGUGAGGGCCUUGAGGGUGAUGCUGAGUACAAGGUCAACGAGGGCAUGGAGGAUACCGGUGAAUGGGAGGAUGAGGAAGACGAGAUUGCCAACGGCUGA